AUGUCACAAAACCAUAAACCCUCAGGCGGUACACCGUCCUCCCCAAACCGUCCUCACAAGCAGACACGUUCAGCUUCUCAAUCUCAUCAUCAACACCAAAUACAACAUAAGGAAUCGCAUGAUGUGGAGGAUGCAGCUGCGAGGAGAAACUUGAAGGGGAAACAAAAGGCUGAUCAUCCUCCCGUCGGUGAUGGGGUAAACAUCCCAAAGCACAAUCAAGGUACCGGUACACCUGAUGAACCACUUACAUCAAUGCUGGAAGAAGCUUUACAUACUUCAAUAUCAUUACCUCGAUCAACUCAUUCUAUAUCGUCAAGUGUAGAUUCGAAUUUUGAUGAUCAUAGACCCUCAUUGAUAUCUGAACCACCAUUAGCACAUUACCAUUCACCAUUACGACCAAAUGCAUCCCCUAGAUUACUCUCAGGAUUGACUCGUUCUACGUUGCCUGCUUCGAGCAUUAUACAAGCUCAAACUCAUAGACGGAACGCAUCUAAUACUGGAAUACCAAGAGAAGGGGAAGGUGCAAGUUCGACUAAUAUGGCAUGGCAAAGAUCUUUGCCUAGUGAAGCUACUAUCAACGAUGAACCUUUCCCAGAUCUAGACCCGACAACAGGGCUACCAAUACAUUCUCGUGCGAAAAGAAGAGGCUCAACUUCUUCUGAUGCUCCUUCUUUACACCUUCAAAGGACUAUAACGGGGCUAUUAGAUGCUCCACCUAGAAAAUCAUCUGAAUCAAGCAUAUUACCUUCGAUGCAAAUGCCAAAUUUUUCUAAUCUAAACCUAUCUAUACCGAGGGUAUCACUCCCUUCAGCCCCGUCUUUCGACACCAUGAAAAGGAAUCUUUCGUCAACGAGUGUACAGGAUGAUUGGUCGAAUUGGGCUUCAGGCUGGUGGAGUGGUAAUAAAGGAAAAGUAGACGAAAUGAUGAGUGAAGAGGAUAGAGCUGAUACAGUAGAAGAAGAGAAAGAGAAGUUGAGGAAUAAAUACAAAUCACCUCAGAAUCCAAUCGUUUUCUGUCACGGAUUAUUAGGAUUUGAUUAUCUUGGUCCUGCAAGCGUUCCGACAUUGCAGAUUUCUCAUUGGAGAGGAAUUAGAGAAGUACUGGAAUCUAACGGAGCGGAAGUCUUGAUCGCUCGAGUACCAGCGACUUCUUCAAUCAAAGACCGUGCAAAGAUAUUAGAAGAAUUCAUAUCCGAGAAAUACCCAGGAAGGGAAGUCAAUUUGGUCGGACAUAGUAUGGGAGGACUCGAUUGUCGAUAUUUGAUAUCUGAAUUACGGCCAACAGCAUUUCGUCCAAUAUCAUUAACGACUAUAUCGACACCUCACAGGGGAUCACCAUUUGCAGAUUAUGUUAUUGAUAAUCUGAUAGGUCGAGAUCGUCUCCCCACGAUGUUGUCUUUGAUUGAAACAUUACGAUUGCCUCAAACAGGUGAUGGAACUGCUUUUUCAGCAUUGGGUACAAGAUCCAUGAAAGAAUUUAAUGCGCAAAUACUAGAUAAAGAAGAUGUCAAAUACUAUUCAUGGGGUGCAAGUGUCGAACCUGGUCUAUUUGAUACUUUCCGUUGGCCACAUAGUGUAAUCUUAGCUAAAGAGGGUCCAAAUGAUGGUUUGGUUUCUGUACAUAGUGCAAUGUGGGGUGAAUAUAGAGGUACCCUAGUCGGUGUAAAUCAUCUUGAUUUAGUCGGUUGGGUAAAUUCAAUCAAAUAUACUUUCGCAGGAUGGACAGGGAAACCAAUAGCGUUCAAGCCGGCAACUUUCUAUCUUGAAGUGGCAGAUUACUUGGCCGAACAGGGAUUUUAA